GGAGAAUGCGUCCUGAGCUGCUGAGGGAUGAGUGUGACUCACAUCCUGUUUGCAGAUGCCCACGUGUUUUCUCCCGGCCAUGGGCCUUCAGCUCAGUUUGCCUCCCCUUCCAGCCCUUCUGAGGACCCCAUUUCCACUUUACCAGGGCAGCAAGCAACAAAGGGUGACUCAGUGGUGACCAAAUGAAGCCCUUUUUGUUCUUAACUGGAUCUCAUCAUAUUUUGUGCACUGUCUGGAUGGCAUUGCUUGUGAGGGCGGAGCUAAGACAACACUCCCAGUGCCUGUCCAGCUGUCCUGAUAUGGCCGGUGUUACUCUCCCAGGGUCCUGUUUAGAGUCAUUAAGCCCUCACACUGUGAUUUGACAGUGUAUAUGGCAUUUCCACACGGCCUCAUUUGAGCCUAACAGCAAAGCUGUGAAGUAGGCAGGGUGGUCAUUAUCACCAUUUUAUAGUCAGGAAGCAGGUGCAGAGAGACAGCAUUAAGGUGUAAUCCUGAGAUUGCUGUUUCCUUCCCCUCCCUGAGCCUUGUUUUCUCAUCCUUAAAAUUAAGACUGGAGAACUCGAUGGUCUCUAAGGAUCUUUUCCGUUCAGUGUGUAAUUCCAUCUAUGAUCCUGGAAUAGGGCAUUAAAGCCAGUGGUGGAUACCCAAGACCGUAACGAAGCGCGCCCAUGGGGAUGGGAAAGUGGGAAACUGUGCCAGUUGUGAGGAAUGCCUGUCCUUCCGGACAGGUUUCCUGCAGGAGGCUCACGGGUGGUGGCAGCAAGUAGGAGUCACACAUGCGCUGUCCGGAUUCUGCAGGUGACCCGUGGCUUAGUUACGGGGCGUGGCCCCACCGUAUCCAACAUGGCAGCUCCUAUCUGGAGAAACCCCACUCCCACUUCCGGGUUCCGUACCGCUGGCCAGGCUACUUCCGGCAGCGAGGUGGCUGGGUUCCCGGGACUCGAACGGAAGUUCCGGCGGGGGCGGCCGAGGGGGAAGAGUGUGUGUCUGUGCCGGAGAAAGAGGAGACUCGCCGGAGAGGUCUUGAACCCCCCAGGGAGUGGAGAGUGUGGUCAAGCGGGGACCCAUUGGGAGUCAGUGGGCAGCAGCAGCAACAGGCCCCAGCCGUGGAGCCCUGCAGUGUAUGUGUGGUAACACCAUGUCUGUGCCCCUGCUCACCGAUGCUGCCACUGUGUCUGGAGCUGAGCGGGAAACGGCCGCGGCACAGCUGGGCUGACGCCCUCUCCACCAUCCGGCUCCCUCACGUCAAAUACAUCUGUCCCCAUGCGCCUCGGAUCCCUGUGACACUCAACAUGAAGAUGGUGAUGCCCUCCUGGUUUGAUCUGAUGGGGCUGAGUCCAGAUGCCCCAGAGGACGAGGCUGGCAUCAAGAAGGCAGCAGAGAACAUCAAGGCCUUGAUUGAGCACGAGAUGAAGAACGGGAUCCCUGCCAAUCGUAUUGUCCUGGGAGGCUUUUCACAGGGUGGGGCGCUGUCCCUCUACACGGCCCUCACCUGCCCCCACCCCCUGGCUGGCAUUGUGGCAUUGAGCUGUUGGCUGCCUUUGCACCGGGCCUUCCCCCAGGCAGCCAACGGCAGUGCCAAGGACCUGGCCAUCCUUCAGUGCCAUGGGGAGCUGGACCCCAUGGUUCCUGUACGGUUUGGGGCCCUGACGGCCGAAAAGCUGCGGUCCGUUGUCACACCCGCCAGGGUCCAGUUCAAGACUUACCCAGGUGUCAUGCACAGCUCCUGUCCUCAGGAGAUGGCAGCUGUGAAGGAGUUUCUUGAGAAGCUGCUGCCUCCUGUCUAACCAGAGUUGCUGGCCUCCAGCGCAUCCCCCACCUCAUGGGGGACCCAGCACGUGCGGCACCAUCUUGGAUCUGAGCCGGUCGAGCCCGUCCCCACCCUCCCUGACCCGUCUUCUUCCCACAGGCCUCUGGGGCAGGCGGGCCGAGGCCUGGCCAGGCCCUGCUUCCUGGCCUCAGCCACCUGGCUGUCUGCAGCACGGGGUGGGCUGCUUUCUUAUCCCAUUUCCCUGGAGGUGGGCCCCCCUGGCAGCAGUAUUGGAGGGGCUGUAGGCAGCGGAAGAAAGGGGCCUAGCCGCUGACCCACUCACUCAGGACCUCACUCACUAGCCCCGCUUUGGGCCCCCUCCUGUGACCUCAGGGUUUGGCCCAUGGGGCCCUCCCAGGCCCCACCUACCACCUCCCACCCCAACUGAUUCUGCCCAGAUAAUCGUGUGUCUCUCCUGCCUCCACUCCAGCUGCUUCUCAAUCAUGAAUGUGUCUGUGGCCCCAGGCCCCCUUGCUGCUGUGGGCUCCCUGCCCCUGGGCAGGAGUGUUGGUGAGGGGGCGGAGUCCUUCGAGGGGGUCUUCCCUCAGCCGUUUCUGACUUGGGGCUGGGCCCUGCCUCCCCAUUACCCUCCUCCCCCGCAGGCCUGGAGCCUGCAGGGCUGCACUGAGGCUCAAGGUCUCCCCCAGCUGUCUCACCCCCACGCUGUCCCCAGGGGGUGGUGGGGGAGGAGUUGUGUCUCGUCUUCUGUCUCCAUGUGGUUUUGGGUGUUUUUCUUGUUGUGUCCUGGAUUCCGAUAAAAUUAAAGAAAUUGCUUCAACUCUUA